AUGAUUCUUGCUCUUUUCACGCUCACGUGUUGCCUUUGGACGCCAGCGGCCGGACUGCCUUUCUUCCACGGGCAUAUUUUUGAGAACUCCCCCGCGGCUUCGAAAGUGAACGGACUGAGCAUUCCGUUGAGGCGCAUCGACGCGCAAAAAUGGUGCCCGACGCCUGGGAUACGCUUCAAAGUGGACGGCGACGGCAGCCGAGAUUUCCGGGCUUUCGUCCACCGCAAACGGGGGGAUGUUUUGUUGAAAACUUCCAGGGUUCUCGACCGGGAAGAGCGCUCGGAGUACCGGCUGAGAGUCGCCUUGUGCUGCGGCGCCUGCGCUCCGGACGCCGCGCUCCUGGAUGUAGCUCGGGUCAAAGUCAACGUCUUGGACAUCAACGACCACGAGCCUACUUUUUGUCAACCGGAGCCCACGCGUGUAACUUUAAAUGACACUACUGCUAUCCGCAGCGUUGUUUACAGGCUGAAAGCUGUCGACGCGGACAGUGGGAAAAACGCUGUUUUAACCUACACUUCGUCGCCUAAAAACAGCACUUUUUACGUCGUUCCGAAAACGGGCGAAGUUUUGCUGCUGGACUCUAUUUUAGGGCUCCGAUCUGAAGUGGAACUCUCAGUUUUCGCCACAGAUCACGGAUGGCCACCGAAGAGUAGUAAAUGCGUAAAGCUGACAUUUUCUCCACGCGGGUGGAUGGAUGAGAAAGCGGUUAAGGAGCGGGUCAGGCGCGCUGCACCCAGGGCGUCACGUUACCCGGCGGGCUUGGUCUCCCUCAACGUGUCUGAAGAUGCCAGCAUCGGCUCGGUGAUAACCAGCCUGAGUCCAAACAGGUUCCAGUCGGCCGGUUUUGAGCUCGUUUACCCGGAUUCGCACAGCUCUCCUGUAUCCGUGGGUCACGAUACUGGAGAUAUCACCAUCAUAAGGAGGCUGGAUAGAGAAUCGGAGCCUUUUGUGGAACUCACGGUUAAGAUUCAGGACAAACGAGGCCCAGACUGGUACCUGAACAAGGUGAAGCUGACGAUCACCGAUGUCAACGACAAUGUCCCUGAGUGGAACAUGAAGCCUUUCCCGUACCAGGCCGGCGUGUCCCCCGACGCAACCCCGGGGACCUUCGUCUACCAGCUGCGGGCCUCGGACGGGGACGAGGGCCGACGCGGGGAGGUGGAAUAUUUUCUGGCUGAUGGUGGCGACGGCUGCUUUGCGGUGGACAAGAAGACAGGCCAGGUGGCCACUACAAAGCAAACGCUUCAGAAAGACAGAGAAUACUUGUUAAGCGUAGUGGCCGUGGACGGCCUGGGUGGACGCAGCUCGCCCGCCGUGCUCUCAGUGGUAGCGGGAGCGCGACCGCCGCAGUUUGCCAACACCAGCUACUCCAUCUCCAUACCAGAGAACACGCCUGAAGGACAGCCGUUCCUCUCCGUGUUUGCCAUUUCCUUCCAAAAGCAGCCAAUCAGCUAUAGCCUGCUGAUCAAUCCCAGCAGUCUUUUUAGCAUUCAGCAGGAGACCGGAGAGAUCAGUCUGACCCGAACCCUGGAUUAUGAGAGCGACCAGCGGCGGUACCUUCUGAUGGUGCGAGCCAGCGAGGAACUAGGCAGCCUGAGCACGGCCACAGAGGUUCAGGUGCUGGUAACGGAUGAGAACGACUGUGUCCCAGAGUUCCUUCAGUCUAUCUACAGUGUAGAUGGAGUUCCAGAGACCGUAACCACAGCAACAUCUCUGCUGCAGGUGAUGGCCACAGACUGCGACUCUGGGUUAAAUGCUGAGCUAACCUAUUAUACCCUAAGCCCUGACUUCAGCAUUUCGCCACAUGGUACCAUAUUCCCUGCGGUUCGGCUUGACUACGAGCGCCCUAACCAUCUCUAUGAAUUCGUGGUGAUGGCGGUGGACGGCGGGGACGGGCCGCACUCCGGCACCGCCACAGUCCGUGUGAGGAUGGUUAACGUCAAUGAUGAAGCCCCGGAAUUCUCCCAGCUUGUGUAUCGAACGUUCGUUUCCGAGGACGCGGGCCCCAACACUCUCGUCGCCACGGUUCUGGCCAAAGACCCAGACGGGGAUGGGAUCAGCUACUCAAUAACGGCCGGGAAUGAGGAGGGGAACUUUGUCAUUGACAGCCAGAAAGGCUUGAUUCGACUGCGCUCCACGCCGCUGCCCGAGCUUCAAGGCUUGGAGUACAUCCUGAAUGUGACGGCCACGGAUGACAACGCAUCGGGCGGUCUGCACCCGCUCUCGUCUACCGCACGUGUUAUAGUGGGAGUGGACGAUGUUAACAACAACAAACCUAUAUUUGAAGAGUGCCAGAAAUAUCGCGAGCAGGCUUCAGUACUGGAGAACCAGCCAACAGGCACUUUUGUGUUACAAGUGCACGCUGUGGAUGCAGAUGAGGGAGCAAAUGGAAAAGUCAAAUAUGGCUUAAUGCACCGAGACAGCGCCAUGCCUGCUUUCAGAAUUCAUCCAGACUCAGGAGCAAUUGUGACGGCCCAGCGCUUUGACAGGGAGCGGCAGAGAGAGUAUUCGGUUACAGUGACGGCCACUGAUUGGGCAGAGGAACCGCUCAUUGGAAUCUGUCAGCUCACCGUCCAAAUACUGGAUGAGAAUGACAACAGCCCCAAAUUUGAGAACAUGCGCUACGAGUACUUCUUGAGAGAAGACACUUUGGUCGGAACAAGUUUCCUGCGCGUGGCAGCUCACGACGACGACUUUGGCACCAACGCGGCAGUCACUUACUCCAUGUCGGUGGAGCAACCAGAAUACCUGAAGGUCAAUGCGGUCACCGGAUGGGUUUAUGUUAACCAGCCAAUAUCGCAGAGGAGUUACAUCACACGUGAGAUCAUCGCCACCGACGGAGGCAACAAGAGCACCUCAGUGGAACUCUCAGUCACCAUCACCAACGUUAAGAACCAACCUCCGCGGUGGGAAGAGGAGAGCUACCAUGUCGUCAUCCCUGAAAACGCUGCCAGAGACACACCAAUAGUGACAAUCAAGGCAACCUCUCAGCUAGGUGACCCGAGGGUGACCUACAAUCUCGAAGACGGAAUGGUCCCGGAAACCAACAUGCCAGUUCGUUUCUACCUGUCCCCCAAUCGCGAGGACGGCUCCGCCUCCAUCCUUGUCUCGGAGCCUCUCGAUUACGAAACCACCCCUUUCUUCUCCCUGCGAGUGCGAGCGCAGAACGUGGCUGCGGUGCCACUUGCUGCUUUCAGCACCGUUUAUGUGAAUAUCACAGACGUGAACGACAACGUGCCAUUUUUUACGUCAUCCAUCUACGAAGCUUCUGUAACAGAAGGGGCUCAGAUAGGAACAUCAGUUCUUCAGGUGUCAGCUCAUGACAAUGACCUGGGUCAGAAUGGAGAGAUAACAUACUCUCUUCUGAGCGACAACAGCGGUGACCACCUCUUGUUCCGAAUCGAACCCAAACUCGGGAUCAUCUACACGGAGGCCGUUUUUGAUCGUGAGGCCCGCAGCUCCUAUUUGUUGGAAGUCCAGUCAGUGGAUGGGCAAGAAUCGGCUCGCCCCGGCAAGAACAAACAACCAAAUUCAGACACAGCAUAUGUUCGAGUUUUCAUCAGCGACGUCAACGACAACAAGCCGGCCUUUGUUCAGAGACUCUAUGAAGUGGCCGUGGAUGAGGACGCAGAUGUGGGUUUGGCUGUUGUCACUGUCAGUGCUAAUGAUGAAGAUGAAGGUGCCAAUGCCAAGUUGCGCUAUCAGAUCACUUCUGGCAACAAAGGGGGCGUUUUUGACAUCGAGCCAGAAGUGGGGACCAUAUUCAUUGCACAACCGCUGGACUACGAACAGCAAAAAAGGUACAAACUGCUGGUUCUCGCCUCGGACGGAAAGUGGGAAGACUAUGCAGCUGCAGUGGUGACAGUGGUUAAUAAGAACGACGAGGCGCCAGUGUUCUCCAUGAAUGAAUACUACGGGUCGGUCACAGAGGAACUCGAUGGGUCUCCUGUCUUUGUCCUACAGGUAACGGCGAACGACCCAGACAAAGAUGCAGACCAAGAAGCAAUACGAUAUUCCAUCCAUGGCCAAGGCGCAGAGUCACACUUUAUGAUCAACGACAUGACAGGCGAGAUGUAUGCUCAACGUACCAUGGACCGAGAAGAGCGUGCUGUUUGGCGCUUCGUCGUCAUGGCGACAGACGAGGAGGGCGAGGGAUUAACCGGUUUUACAGACGUUAUCAUCAACGUGUGGGACAUCAAUGACAAUGCACCCACCUUCUCGUGCCUGCCAGAUAAUUGCCUUAGUAGCAUCGAAGAGAACUCGCCUCCCGGAACCUUUGUUGUCGAAAUGACAGCGGUAGACCUUGACGAUGCAGCAGUAGGCCAGAAUGCGAUUCUCACUUACCAAAUUACUGAAAAUGUUAAGAACACAAACAGAGAAGAUCUUUUCAUGAUAGAUUCCAGUACUGGCACAAUAUCAGUGGCGUCUGAAGGUCUGGACAGGGAGUUGGCGGACAGUCACAGGCUUGUCGUGGAGGCCUGCGAUGGUGGGAGGAUGACAAGUACAGCAACUGCCACUAUUAUCUUAACAGACAUUAACGACCAUGAACCAAAGUUUCAGCAGGAAAGAUGUGCUGCCACAGUGCCCGAGAAUUCUGAUGUGGACGCGAUCGUUCUGGAGUUGGGUGCCACAGACCCUGACGCAGGCCCUUACGGUCAACUUUCAUUUUCCGUGGUAGAUGGAGACCCAGGGCAACAGUUCUACAUGGUCAGUCACAGACUAGAUCAGACGGGUGUUCUGAGACUGAAGCGGAAGCUGGACUUCGAGAAGCCCGGAGAGCAAAAGUUUAACUUGACCGUCAAAGUUGAAGACUCCGACUUCUCCAGCUUAAUCCAGUGUCUAGUUCUAGUUGAGGAUGAUAAUGAUAAUGCGCCUGUCUUUACCCAGAGCUCUCAUCUUCUCCCUCCUUUGAACGAAGACGUAGCUGUAGGAACCACUAUCAUCCAGGUGCUGGCUACAGACUCUGACUCCGGUUCGAACGGGGAGAUAUUCUACAGUAUUCUUCCUCAGUCUGACCCGUAUGGAGAUUUCACCGUGAGCCAGUCGGGUGUUAUCACAGUCGCCAGGCCACUGGAUCGAGAAUCCAUGGCCAGUUACGAUUUGGUUGUAACAGCGAGGGACAACGGUAGUCCAGCGCUGAGUGCCAGUGUGACGAUCUACUUGCCUCUGUUAGACGUUAACGACAACGGUCCAGAGCUAGAGACAGUCUACAGUCCUGUGGUGUGGGAAAAUAGUCCAGCACCUCAAGUGGUCGUGUUAAACGCAACCUCGAACCUGCUUCAGGUUUUGGAUAGAGAUUCCCCAGAACACGGGCCUCCUUUCAGCCUCUCCUUGCCUUCCGUCUAUUCGGCUGAUUUUCACCUCCAGGAUCACGGCAACGGAUCCGCCACACUCACGGCACUGCGGAGAUUUGAUAGGGAAAGACAAAGCAACUUCCUCUUGCCGGUGGUUAUGAGUGACAGCGGCUAUCCACCAAUGACUGCCACAAGUACUCUCACAAUAACCAUUGGUGACCAGAAUGAUAACGCCCAUCAGGCAGGAGAGAAAGAUAUCUACGUGUAUAGCCGCAGGGGGAAGACGGCAAAUGUAACAUUGGGGAAGGUGCACGCGCUCGAUCCUGACGACUGGGAUAACAAAACCUACACUCUCGAGACCAGCGCGGGAAAAUAUUUCAGUGUGAACCAAAGCUCAGGAAUGCUGACUUUUCGCCAGAACACACCAGUCGGGAGUUACUGGAUGAGGGUCGGAGUGUCUGAUGGCGUGUGGCCCGAUGUCAUAUCCGGUGUUCGAGUUCAUGUGAGAGAACUGGAGGAAAAAGCAGUUCAGUCAUCUGCUUCUCUACGUUUGGAUGGCAUAACCACAAGAGAGUUUAUCGACUCUCACGUCGAGAGGAAGAGUCGGCUGGAGACUCUCUGGGACUUCCUGUCGGAGAUCUUGUCUGUCAGACCGGGGAGCGUUAACAUUUUCAGCAUUGCCGACAGCGGGGAGAAAAGAGUGGACGUCCAUUUCUAUGUGCUGUCUGAUACGGGCUAUAUGCAUUUGGAGAAGCUGCAUGGGGUUCUUGCAGCACAUAAGAAGAAGCUGCAGUCACUGCUGCAUGUUAAUGUAAGCCAGGUGCAGGUGGACGAGUGCGUGCACGCUCAUUGUAAGGCAUCGGGCGGAUGCACCACGCAGAUGACCGUCGGCGAAUCGCCGACCCUGCUGGACUCCGAUGUGUUAUCCUUAGUCUCCGUAAAGGUGACGACCUCGGCCGUCUGCGGUUGCGCCUCCAGAGAAAUGACUCAUCAAAGCUGCUCCUCCUAUUCUGAUAACCCCUGUCUUAACGGGGGAACCUGCAUCGAUGCCCGAGGCGGAUACAGGUGCCGUUGCCCUCCUCAGUACGACGGGCCAGACUGCCAGCAGACGAGACGCAGUUUCCUUGGCAACGGCUACGCCUGGUUUCCUCCCAUAAAGCCUUGCUUUGAUAGCCAUCUUUCCCUUGAGUUUAUGACGGAAGAAGAUGACGGACUGCUGCUGUACAACGGGCCGUUGGCCACGCUUCUGCCUGGAGAUGUCGAAGACUUCAUGGCCAUAGAGUUGUCCAGUGGAUCUCCUAGCCUGAAAAUAAAUCAUGGUUCUGGUACGCUAGUUCUCCAGUUGAUAAACAGUGCUAGCCUUGCUGACGGACGUUGGCAUCGCCUUGACGUCAAAAGCAACAGCAAAGAAGUGCGCUUUACUCUGGAUCGAUGCUCCACGGCAAUUGUCAUGGAGACAGAAGGUGUGGACUCAUGGGCAAUGACAGAGGACCGUUCGUCCUGUGAAAUUCGAGGGGUAACGCCCAACCGGGACAAGUAUCUGAAUGCAAGUCACGUGUUGCAGCUCGGAGGGGUCAAUGUGAACCUUUCUUACGAAUACCCGCAGCUACAACACAAACAUUACGUCGGAUGUCUAAGAAAUCUGCGUUUAGACAGCAAGCUUUAUGACCUGGGCUCUCCGGCCCAAUCAGUGAACAGCGUGCCAGGUUGCUCUUUCACGGAUGACCACUGCACCAACACAGAGCCACGACAAGCCGCCUCCUGCGGAAAGACGGGCCGCUGUCAUGAUGAGUGGGGUCCCGCGAGCUGCCAGUGUGAAGCAGGCUUUACCGGUCCGCAGUGUGAGCGGCCUGCUCCCGAGUUCUCCUUUGACGGACGCAGCCACGUUCAGUUCCAGAUGUUAUGGUCCCUGCCCGCCCGACAGAUCAGAGUCCAAGUCGGGAUUCGAACGCGCGCCGCCUUCGGCGUCAUCCUCAGCUUACUUUCUCAGGAACAGAGUGAAUAUCUCCGCUUAGAGGUUGUCCGAGGCUUGCUGGCUGUUUUCUACAAUCUCGGCGACGGCGACUACAACUUGACGCUGCCGUUCCGUCGCCUGGAUGACGGCGAGUGGCACGAGCUGGAGUUGGACCGCUUCGGCCGGGAGUUUGCCCUGCGCGUGGACGGGGGCGGGGGCCGGCGUGAGAUAACUGCUUCUCCGGGGCGGAGUCAGGAGAUCAUUAUCGACCCGUCGGUGGUGAUGCUGGGAAACUCUUUUCCCUCUGGACACAACAGAAGCUUCCUUGGCUGCAUGCGAGACCUGAGAUUUAGCGGUCGAUCCGUUUCCCUGGAUAGAGAGCUGCCUUCAGAGGGUCUGCAGGUGGUCUCUUCUCAGGGCGUCUCCCUAGGCUGCUCUUCAGAAGCCUGCAGGAAACAUCCCUGCUUCCCCCCCCUCGUCUGCGUGGAUCUCUGGAGGCAGCACGAGUGCAGGUGCCCUCCAGGUCACAUCACUAAGGAGAGCUCUUCUGGCAAAGCGUGCAUCUACACGCUGUGCGCCGGGCGGCCGUGCCGCUACGGCACUUGCGUGGCUCACUCGCCCUCGCGUUACACGUGCCAAUGCAACGAAGGCUACCGAGGACGGCACUGCGAGGUGACGCUCGCCAUGUUCCAUAACGAGGACGGCAACAGCCUCAGCCUGAGCUCCAUGUUUGCCAUCAGUAUAUGUGUGAUGGCCUUCCUGGUGUUGAUGCUGGGCCUUUUUCUGUACUCGUGCUGGAGGAGACACAAGGGCUUGAAGGAGGGCGUGUACCACGUGUCGGCGCAGCGCGGCGAGUGGGAGGACAUCCGGGAGAAUGUGCUCAACUACGACGAGGAAGGAGGAGGGGAGCAGGACCAGAACGCUUUCAACAUGGUGGAGCUGCAGCGUUCCCUCCACCCGAGCCCGUCCCAGUCGCUCCGCUACAGCUACCCUAGAGGCGUCGUCUCCCGCCCCGACAAUAAGACGCCUCACGAGGACGCCGCCAAGGCCUCGUCGGACGGGAACGGCAGCGCCAUCAUAGCUCUGCGUCUGGCCGUCCCCCCUUCGGAAACGGAGACCCUGUCGUCCCCUCUGACCGCGCGCCGCUCCAAGAAGCCCAUUUCCUUCUCCAGCCAGGACUUGGCCCGCUACCUGUGCGAGGUCAUCCGAGACACGGAGGAACUGGGAACCGGGACCGUGCCACGGCGUCCGUCCAGGAAGGAGCGCGGCAACGGCCUGGCGUCGGGGCGCUCCCUCAGCGUGUCUCAGGGUUCGGAUAUCAAGAAUCAGGGAGCUCACAGCGGCAAGUUCAGAACCCUCCGCGCUGUGGUGGGCGAUCUCCGAGGAGACCCCAAGCCUUCGGAGGUCCAGAGAGACAAAGUCAAGGAGAGCAGAGGGCAGCUGAACUGCGGGAAGAGCGGAUGA